GGAGCACCUGUCGUCCCGGCAUGCUUUGCGCGUCCAAUAUGGAGGAACUGGCGGUGGAGGUCCGUGGCUCCAACGGGGCUUAUUACAAGGGCUUGGUCAAAGACAUCCACGAUGACUCUCUCACCAUUGCCUUUGAGAACAAUUGGCAGCCAGAACGCCAGGUGCCCUUCAGUGAUGUCAGGUUGCCUGCGCCGGUGCCCGCCGACGUCAAGAAGGAGAUCGGAGAGGGCGAGGAGGUGGAGAUCCUUUCCAGAGCCAAUGACCAGGAACCCUGUGGUUGGUGGCUGGCUAAAGUCCGCAUGAUGAAGGGAGAAUUCUACGUGAUUGAGUACGCAGCCUGUGAUGCCACCUACAACGAGAUAGUGACCUUCGAUCGCCUGCGUCCCGUCAACACCAACAAGGCGCUCACAAAGAACACCUUCCACAAGUGCACUGUCCCCGUUCCUCAGGAUCUACAAGAAGCGUGCCAGGGUGAGAACGCCCAUAAGGAAUUCAAGAAAGCCGUGGGCGCCUGUCGCAUCUCUUACUGCCCAGAGACCAGCCAACUAGUGAUUGUGUCCACCAACGACACAACGGUGAAGCGCGUGUCUUUGCUGAGCGAAAUGCACCUGCGCAGCAUCAGGACCAAGCUGCUGCUAAUGUCACGCAACCAGGAAGCUACCAAACACCUGGAGACCUCUCGGCAGAUGGUGUCAUCCUUCCAGGAGGAGUUCACGGUGAGACUGGAUCUGAUGGGCCUCGCUAUCGGCAGCCACGGCAGCAACAUCCAGCAGGCUCGGAAAGUCACGGGCGUCUCUGCUAUCGAGCUGGAUGAGGAGACCGGCACUUUCAGGAUUUAUGGGGAGACAGAAGAGGCAGUGAAGAAGGCCAGGAACUUCUUGGAGUUUCUGGAGGAUUCUGUCCAGGUGCCAAGGAACCUCGUUGGCAAAGUGAUCGGUAAGAACGGCAAGGUCAUCCAGGAGAUCGUGGACAAGUCUGGCGUGGUGAGGGUCCGGAUCGAAGGAGACAACGACAACAAGCAGCCUCGACAGGAAUCGACACAGGGAAUGGUUCCCUUCACCUUUGUGGGCACCAAGGAGAGCAUUGGCAACGUCCAGGUGUUGCUGGAGUACCACAUCUCUUACCUCAAUGACAUGGUGGAGCUCCUUGCAGAGGGCGAGCAGCUAGAGGAAGCGCUGAAGCAGAUUGUGGAUUUUACACAGGGAACCAGCCUAGCGAGAUUCAGAAUAAGCAACAGAACACACACUGGAUGUGAUGUAGAUGAAGUGGAGCAGCUUCGUCUGGAGCGGAUGCAGAUUGACGAACAGUUGCGUCAGAUCACCCAGGGUCACCGACCCAAUGACAGGGAGAGAGGGGAGAAGGGGGAGAGAGGAGGAGGAGGAGGGGGGUAUAAUGCCGACGGCAGCGCCAACGCCUCCUCGUCCACCUUGCACGGCAGCCGCUCCUACAAUGGUCGCGGCCGUGGACGCAGAGGCCACAGCUACAGCACUGGAUAUGGCACCAACUCAGAGCAGUCCAACGCCUCUGAGACCGACUCCGAGCGCAAGGACGAACUCAGCGACUGGUCCCUGGCUGGCGAGGACCAGGACAGGGACAGGGAGAGAGGCCCACGCCAGCGGGGAGACGGUCGCCGGAGGCCAGGACCCGGAAGAGGCCGUGGAGGAAGAGGAAGAGGAGGAAGAGGAGGAUACAACAACAAUUAUGCGGCGCCCGCAGACCCCGAGGACAACCACGCCUACGCGGUCCUGGAGACGAACACGGAGACGGACCACACGGCCGACACGGACGCCAGCGAGUCCAACAUGCCCGCCAACCGCCGCAGGAGGUCCCGGCGACGCAGGACGGACGAGGACGCCACGCUGAUGGACGGCAUGAGCGAGUCCGACAACGCCUCGCUGAGUGAAAAUGGAACAGAUGACCCAGGAGCUAAACCUCAGCGUCGUAACCGUAGUCGGCGUCGCCACCUUCGCCUGCCUGAGGAGAGGCAGCCAGUGACCGUGGCCGACUACAUAUCCAGGGCUGAGUCUCAGAGCAGAGAGACGACGUCGCAGGAGCCCAAGAAAAACAAGGAUGUGGGUCAGGUGGACGCCAUCGCCGAGCACGGCCCGCAGUCUCCCCCGGCAACCACCAACGGCUCCAGCAACAACGCCGCCGUUGACCGCGAGGACAGCGGCAGUGCCGCCGCCGAGAGGCCGGCCAAGGUGUCCUACGAGGACUCGAACCCGCAACCCGCCGCCGUCGUCAACGGACUCUCUUAAGUCCAACUCCCCCUUCGGCAAAGGAAAUGGUUUCAAAUAUUUUAAACUUCCGCGGCUGCACUCAGAUUGAAUCUCACUGUCUCUCUCUCUCUCUCUCUCUCUCUCACUCUCAGCCUUGAACGUGAAACAUCGAAAUACAAAAGCACUGUUCUUUCUUUUUCUUUUUUAACUUUACAAAUAUUUGAAACCUGUUUCACUGUGCAAGUUCUCGAGGUCUGACGCGAAACCCCUCCCUCUUCACACGUGUUCUGUCCAACUAUCCACUUUAUUACACUUUUGUUUUUACAAUACUUUUUCCUAUUCUUCUGUAUGAGCUUGCCAAAGAUAGUCAAACACACACACACACAAGACGUCUCUACUCAACCGUACUUCUCUCGGUCCGCUCUUCGUCGAGAGCUCGGACUGAACAAAGUAUUUCGGGGGGUUCCACACUCAAACCCAAUACUGUGGUGUGAAUGCAGCAGUUUUUAUCGGUAUGAAUAAUAUCACAGCAGGGUUUCAGAAUAAGAAAGACGCUUCCACUAUCUGUUUUUUGUGCAUAUGAAUUGGGUUUGUUAAUAACCCCCCCGAGUAUGUUUUGACAUACGCGCGAUCAGCUGUUGUGCCUUGAGAGUAGAUCGGAAACAUGUCGUCGCCCCGGCUCCGCACACCGUCUGUCUUGAGAUCCUCUCGCUCGUUCGUUUUUUCUCCGUGUUACUCGGACGCCUUCGCCCGUCGCAGCUGAGCGCGUCUCCUCUCUGCUGCACGUAAACCGGCACCUGUCGGCAGGUGCGAGGCCGACGCUGAAAGAUCGGAGGCAUAUCUUUUUCGAAAUCAGGUGUGUCUGUUCUUAAUGUUUGUGGGGCGAAUGAGUCCAGUUAUCCUUUACAUUUAUAUAUAUAUAUAUAUAUAAAAAUAUAUAUAUCUGUUGGAAGAGUUUGACAUUAGCUGCUUUGUUUUUUUUCAAUAUGCAACCACUUGGGUCGUAGAAGAAAUGUGUUAUUAUGGAGUGUCUGGAAAAAGAAAGAAACAAUAGAAGAGUUGUUUUCUUUGCACUGAAACGAUUUUUUGGUUUUGUUUUGUUUAAAAAGAAAAAAGAAAAAGUUGAUUGUAGAGUCGAGUCUAGAAACUGACCUGUUACUGUUCAGUGCCGGACGAGAUGUAGCCAUCGGCGCGAGGUUUCCUGGAAACAUCUCACGACGACGAGGAGGAGGAGAAGACACACCGAUGAUCCGAAAUCCAAUAAGAAGCUUAACGAGAGUCAAAGCACAUUUUAUUGUUGUUGUUGUUUCUCUUCUUCUUACGUGACUUAUCAUGUUGGGGCGGGGAGAUCCAGUGCCCCCCCCCCCCCCCGUGUGAGAGAUGUUUCUGGGAAACCAAGCCAGCGUCACUUUCACAAUUCUUCCAUAGACUGGCUGGAAUCUGGUCACGACUGUUCCAUUCAGGACAGAGAUUUAUUUGGUUUAUUUAUUAUGAAAAAAGAAAAAAUGUACAGUAUUUAAAAAAACACAAAAACAACAACAAAAAAAAACAAAAACACAAAGCAAGAGAAGCUCUUCUUUUUCUUGACACUAAAACCACACGUGACCGAGCGGUUAUUUUGGAGACGAAAGACAAUUUGGACUACUGAGAGUUGUGAUUUCCAGUAUGUUUGUUUUUGUUUUGUUUUUUAAAGGAUCAUUCUGGUUGGUUGAUGUGCAAUAUGUUUUGUAUGCAGGUAGUUCUUAAAUAAACUUGGAUCUUCCGUGUAGAUCGAAAACCCAA